CACACUCGCUCUUCACACAAUUAGGCAGUGGCAGGUAAAAUGGUUGGUUUCGACUCAUUUUGAGCCAGUUUGCCAGCAGAUCGUGUGUUGACUGCAUUUAAAAUGUUGUAUCGGUGGACCUUCCUAAUAAGCACAUUGUUGCUGAGUGCCAGCAUCAGUGCUAAUCCUAUCAGCAAAAGGUCCACCGUAGCCACCGAAUUUAUAAUCCUCCACAACAACGAUAUGCACGCCCGAUUUGAGCAGACAAAUGUUAAUAGCGGACCGUGCUCUACGGAGGAGGCCAAUACUGACAAGUGCUACGGUGGUUUCGCUCGCGUGGCCUAUGAGGUACGAAAAUAUCGCGCAGAAGCCCAAAAUGGGGGAACUCCGGUAUUCUAUCUAAACGCUGGAGACACCUAUACGGGUACCCCCUGGUUCACCGUCUUUAAGGAUAACAUAACCACCGCUUUCCUCAACAAACUAAUGCCAGAUGCUAUUUCUCUUGGAAAUCACGAGUUCGAUAAGAAUGUGGAGGGACUCAUACCUUUCCUCAACAAUGUCGAGUUUCCAGUUUUGGCUUGCAACUUGAAUCUUACGAAAGUUCCCGAAUUGGCGGCAACCAAGCAUUUGGUUAGCUCGACACUCCUGGAGACAAAUGGCGUUAAAAUUGGCGUUGUUGGCUACUUGACGCCAGACACGAAAUUCCUAACGUAUAAAAACGAUGUUGAAUAUUUGGAUGAAAUCGUAGCAAUCAAUGCUGAAACCGCCAAAUUGAAGGAGCAAGGCAUCAAGAUUAUAAUUGCCUUGGGUCAUUCGGGCUAUAAGAGAGACCAGGAGAUAGCCAAGAACUGUCUGGAUGUUGACAUUGUCAUUGGUGGACACUCGCAUUCAUUCCUCUUUGGUGACCAGCCCGUGGACGAAACUGAGGACGAGGGCUCCAAUGAAACCUCCGAAGUUAUCCGAGGCCCCUAUCCCACAGUGGUACAACAAGGUGGCAAAAGGGUGCCAGUUGUUCAGGCCUAUGCUUACACAAAGUACUUGGGAAAACUUCAUGUUCAGUUCGACGAGGAUGGCAAUUUGAUAGAAUUUGAUGGCGCGCCGAUUUUAUUGAACGCAUCAGUGACACAAGAGGCGGAAUUAUUGCAAUUGCUGGAUGUAUAUCGUCCCACUAUUGAGGCACUAGACACUGACCCUGUGGGAUACACAAAGGUCAAGCUUGUGGGUGGCGAAUAUUGCCGCAAAUUCGAAUGUAACCUCGGCAAUCUAAUUGCAGACUCCAUGAUAUUUGCGCGCGUUCUGGAGAAUGCGGGUGGGGAUUACUGGACAGAUGCAUCGAUUGCACUCAUACAGGGAGGAGGCAUUCGUUCCGGCAUCGAUAAAAAUGCGGAAGGCUCUAUAGUCGGUACGAAUAUAUUAACCGUACUUCCUUUUGAGAACGCACUUCAUGUCACCAAAAUAAGUGGAAAGACGUUGUUAAACGCUCUGGAACAUUCGGCAGCUGUAAGAAGCCAAGACUCCAAUGGUGGUUUUCUACAGUAUUCUGGAGUCCGUGUUGAGUAUAACUACGAAAAUCCCGAUGGACAACGUGUGCUUUCCGCGGAGGUUCGUUGCGCUCAGUGCGAGGUUCCUUCUUACAGUAUUCUAAACGAAACCGAUUACUACAACGUGAUUGUGACGGACUUUCUGCUGGAAGGUGGCGAUGACUUUAUUUUAACGGAGGAAGACAACCCGGGUACGAUUCUCAUGGAGAAGAAUGAUCAACAAGCUUUAAUUCAAUAUCUCGAGCAACGGCAUUAUGUCUAUCCGGAAGUGGAAGGUCGUAUAACAUACCAGUCCCCUUCUCCCCCAUCAACCGAUGAUGCGGCAAGUGUUAUAGCAUCCAUUGGAUUGCUCCUUAUCUCGUUCCUGGUCACGAGAAUUUUUAUGUAAAAUAAAGCACACGACCUUGUUAGAACUCCUUUCCAUGUACAUUUACAAAUCCUGCAUACUAGUUACUUAAAUAAAUUCCCUUUAUCUAGUC